AUGGUUUCUCAUGUCAAGAAAAAGCGUCAGGAUUAUGAUCUGAAGUACUAUCAAAAAUUACAAUACAAACGUUCUAAAUCGAAAUCAUUUAAUUCUGAAUAUAUUCAAAAACAGAAUGCUAGGCAACAAAAAUGUAGACGACUAAAGAAGGCAACACAACAAACACCAACAAAUGCUACUGAAUCAAUAACGACUGCUACUGAAGCACUAUCAAAUGCAACUGAACCACCAACUGUCAGGACAAUCUUACGAAAAGCUGAAGGUGUUCGACAUCGUCGAGCCUAUACAAGAAAAAUGAAAAAUGAAAAGGAAAAAUUAUCUAAUGAAAUAAAAGUAUUACGUAAAGAAAAUUCGAAGUUGAAGAAAAUUUUGUCCAAACAGCACUCAGGAGAUAUUGAAACAAAUGAUGUAACAUCAGCCGUAUCACCAACAAAAUUAUUUAUUAAUAGUAUUAGUCCACGAGCAAAAAAACGUGCAACUAAACGAUUACUUAAUAAAAAAAUCUACCUCGUGGUUCUAUUUCAAAAUUGA